UUAGUCGCCCAAUGCCCCGUGUUUCGCCACCUUUUAUUCUCAUUGGCAGGCAACUGUGAAGGGAAUUCUCCAGGGUUCUUUAUUUGUCCUGCCGCUGCCGGGCAGAUCUCCAGCUUGCAGUUUGACACCUCAGCUGCCUACAGCCACACCCUCACGUGCUCCUAUUUCUGCGCGCACUCCGGUCGCGUCAAUCUGCUCUUUUCAGGCCCAUUAAGCGCUCUAGGACAGCUACCAGAAUAUUAUAUGCUCCUGAUAUAAAGAAGAGGACACUAGGACCAUCAACUAUUGCAUUGUGUCUCAACUAAAGUGGACCCUGACCCGAUGGACCGUCUUCCCGACAAGCUGCCCUUCUCCAAGCGGCGCUUGAAGCAGCGGGUCAUUCUCUCAUAUAUAUUUGACUAUGUUAUCCUUAUUGCGUGUAUUGGAGGCUUCUAUGUUCUCGAUUCCAUUGAGCCGUUUCACCAGCACUUUUCAUUGCGAAACAUUUCCAUUCAAUAUCCCUAUGCUGUCCACGAACAUAUAACCAUCCAGGAAGCUCUCUGUAUCUCCGGCCUCGCGCCUCUAAUCAUUAUUAUCGUCUUUACGCUGUUUAUCGACGGGCUCUUCUCUCAUCAUAAAACACAGCAUCCGGUGUCCGGGAAGAGGAAUUUCACGGGUCCGUACCGGUGGAAGGAUCGGCUGUGGGAGCUCAAUUGUGGUAUCCUGGGGCUCUUGCUUUCACAAGGGUUGACUUUUGUCAUUACUCAGGUGUUGAAAAAUGCUUGUGGGAAACCCAGACCUGACUUUAUCGAUCGGUGUCAGCCUCGCGCAGGAAGUGAGGACGCAAUACCUGGACUGUCGAACUCUACCAUCUGUACGGGUGACCAUGCGUUGAUUAAAGACGGCUUUCGUUCGUGGCCUUCAGGACAUAGUAGCUCAUCAUUUGCUGGGUUAUUCUACCUGUCACUCUGGCUGAGUGGAAAGCUGCAUAUCAUGGAUAACCGAGGCGAAGCCUGGAAGACACUAUUGGUUAUGAUCCCUUGUCUUGCAGCGACACUUGUUGCGGUGACCCGUAUUAUGGAUGCAAGGCACCACCCUUUCGAUGUCAUCAGUGGAUCGCUCCUCGGGAUCAUCUGCGCCUGUAUCUCCUACCGUCAGUAUUUCCCUUCUCUCAGCGAGCCCUGGAAGAAGGGACGCGCAUAUCCCAUUCGGACGUGGGGCAGGGAGCCGGUGCCACCCGCCGAUCCCGUUCCUCUGGCGGGUACCGAUGGAAGCACUGCCGCUCUGAGAAAUAUCGAGGAAGAGCGAUUGCACCAAGGCACCCAGCGGACGGCGACGGAUGAUGCUCCCGCUGGGCCCUUAUUCCUACCGGAAUCGAAUCCCUACGCUACGAAUGUGUACAACUAUCGGAGACACGACGAGGACGGGGCGUGGUCAUCUUCCAGUGAGGAUGUUGCUGGUGGUUAUGAAAUGCAACCUGGAUACACGCGGACACAGAAUUCGGCGCUGGGUGAGCCCUCGUCGCGAUACGACAUUGACACGGCAUACCGCUCCCAAACACCACAGGUCGUACUUGGAGCCACCACUGCCCACGCGCCAUCGGGGGCAGUAGUAGCUCCCCCGGACAGAGGACGGGAUCUGACAGACAUGCAAUAUCGCGAAGCCUGAGUCAUGAUUUUGGAACGCUUGGAUAUGAGUGUACGGAGUUCUUGUUGCCAGUUCAUAGAUUUGUUUCGUCGCAUCUAGAUCUUUGGAUAGUGGAUCUAUCUUGAAACGGGGCGGGCCUACUGAAGUUGAAGAAAUUGCGGUAGAAUAGGCCGUUGUACUCACUCACCGUGCAGAGAGACAGUUGCACGUCUUCAUAUUUCUCUCCUUGCUUCUGCUAUUAUUA